GCUGCAGGAUGGCAUAGUCCUCGGAGCAGAUACGAGAGCAACUGAAGGCAUGGUUGUUGCUGACAAGAAUUGUUCGAAAAUACACUUCAUUUCUCCGAAUAUCUAUUGCUGUGGUGCUGGAACAGCUGCAGAUACUGAUAUGACAACUCAGCUGAUUUCUUCCAAUCUGGAGCUCCAUUCACUAUCUACUGGACGACUUCCAAGAGUUGUCACAGCUAAUCGAAUGCUAAAGCAAAUGCUUUUCAGGUACCAAGGCUACAUUGGUGCUGCCCUGGUUUUAGGGGGAGUAGAUGUCACGGGACCUCACCUUUACAGCAUAUAUCCCCACGGAUCAACUGACAAACUGCCUUACGUUACCAUGGGUUCUGGGUCAUUAGCAGCUAUGGCCAUAUUUGAAGAUAAAUACAAACAGGACAUGGAGAGUCUCUUUUUUCCAGCCUCUACUUGUGUGACACUGCACUUGGCACGUGUGCUAUUCAUACUGAAAACAUGGGCUACAAAUCCUUGGAAUCAACAGCGACAGCGUAAUAGUCCGCUUUCAAAGAUGCAAAUGUCAAAGAGCUGUGCUAUGAAACUAAAAAUUUCAUCGUAUUCUCAGCUAGUUUUCAAGCUUGUGUUUUAAGUCAUUCUUUGUGUAAGAGCAACCAAAAAAGGCACCAAAAAUUGGUAAAUCUCCAACUUUUCCUAUUUAGAAAGGUCAUCCUAAUUAAAUUGUCUUCAUAUACAACCAUAAAUGGCAGCAGAUAUUCACUGUUAUAACAAGCAUGUAGAAAUGCAACCUACCAAUUUGUUGAAAUAGAUAUUUAGAUCUUUGAGACUUGCAUGCACCUUAACCCUUUCUUUGUUUUACCAGGUAUUCUGUUACCUAAUAAAAAUCUAGUAAUCUUAUUAACUAAGCCAGCAAAGGUUGAGGUGACAUAGCUGAACCAUACUCUUAAACACCUCAUAUUCUGUUAGGGCUGCCAGCUUAAAAUAUUUACUGCUUAAGUCAGAUGUGUUUGG